AGAGAAAAACUACUCAUUUACAUCCCACUUCCUAUCUUUUCUUUCUAAAGCUCUUUUACUAGUUGGCAGUUGCUAUCUGUGAGAUUUCUGCCUCUUUCUUUCCUGCUUUGUAGCAGGAAAAAAAGAAGGAAUGGAGACCCAAACAAGCCCUCUCCUCAGCUGGCCUUACUACUAUCAAGGCAAGAGUAUAGAAGAGCUAAAACAUUCAUUGGUGUGCACAACCUUGGAGCUAGAAACAACAAAACUAGCAGCUCAAGAGGAGAUUAGGAAGAGGGAAGAUCAAUUAACCCAUCUCCAAGAAUUGCUGAAUAGAACAAUAUCAGAAAGAGAUGAAGCUCAAGAAAACUGCAAAACCCUCCUCUAUGAAAAAAUCUUUCUCCAACAACAACAGCAGCAGCAACAAAAUCCUCUUCCUCAAGUAAACUCUGGAUCAUCUUCAAGCAUAGAAGAUGAGCCCACCACCACAACUAGAAAGCUGCAUGGAGUAGACUCCAACAACAACAACAACAACAACAACAACAACAAUGGUGCUCAUUUAUCCUCCUCAGACUGUGAAGAAAGCAUCAUUUCUUCACCAACAUCGCCGCUUCGGCUGCCGCUUUCUUCGCCUUCAUCAGCUGUCCCAGAAGCUGCCCUGCAGCUGCUGUCAAGCAAGAAACCAUUACCAGAAAAGGGUAAACUUUUACAGGCAGUUAUAAAAGCAGGCCCACUUCUGCAGACUUUGCUGUUAGCUGGCCCACUCCCUCAGUGGAGACACCCUCCUCCACCAUUGGAGAACUUUGACAUUCCUCCAGUUGCAAUUCCUGCUGCAGCAGCUGGGAAUCAACAUGAGUUGGUUGUUCAUGAGGAAGAUUUUUUUGUUAAUGGUGCUAAAAGUUGUGGCAAUGUUAACAGGAAAAGAGGCUUUUUUAAUGGUGUUUGUGAUGGUUCUUCUUAUGAGAUUAACAAGUAUCAAAGGGUACUUCUGCAUUGAGUUGAAUAUUUUUGUAGUUUAUUUUAAUUAGCUGGAAUUGGGGAUCACACAAUUCUGUAGUUUUUCUUAUAAUUACAUGAAUACUAUAACCAAUAUGUAGUAGAUCAAUCUGAUGUUGUGUAGAUUUCUAGGAGUGAAAUUUUGUACCAAAGGAAAGCUAAAAGUGGCUACUUGGAACUGGAUCUGUGCCAUUUGAAAGUAAAACUUUCUAAUUAUAUACAACUAGUCUGGAAAAUCCGUGUAUAUAUGUAACACACGGGUUAUAGAUUAAGACUUAAUAUUACUUUUUAUUGUAUAUUUAUAAUUUUAA